AUGGCGACGCCGCCCGUCAAGACGAGGCCGCGCCGGGGCAGCACCACGGCAGCGGUGGCGCGGCUGCUGCGGAGGAAGGGCUGCAAUGGAGGAUUUGAAGAGGACGAGGGAGGCGAAGUAGAGAGGGAGGGCGCAUGGCGCGAGGGCACGCGCUACAUCGCGGGAGGCCCCCUCGGCGCGCGCAGCCACACCUCCGACGACACCGUCCUCUUGAUGGCGGGGUGUAGCAUGUGGGAGGAGGGAACAGAGGAGGGAGUAGACGCAGGGGAAGCGAUGGAAGGCCGUCUCUUCAUCUCGCAACGACGCAUCUAUUUCUACUCUCCGCCGGCCUCGCUCGACCUCAAGAUGGAGUUGACCUUCGAGAGCAUGCUGCGCGUACUCAAGGACGUCGCACCACCAGCCAUCCGGCUGAUCACCCUCGACGACCAAACGAUUCGGUUGGGCCACUUCACAGAGAAGUUCGAGGAGGUGUUCGAGCUCAUGACGGGCGUGCUUCAGGAGGCCCAGCUCCGCGCCGCCGCCAACUUCUCCCCGUCCUCCCCCAAGAAGAUGGAUUCGAUGGGCUGGCAGAAGGGCACGGUCAAGGAGGAGGCCGCGCGGCAGGAGACCAAACGGAAGCAGGCCGCCGUCGGCUGGCGUCUGGGCCACGAUCUCGAGCGCGAGAAGAAGAUGAGCGUCCUCUCCCUGCUUCGCUCGCACCUCCCCACUUCAUCGUCUUCUUCCUCUUCUUCAUCCACUUCAUUUUCCCUAUCGCCGUCUUCCAUCUCUUCUUCUUCCUCUGGGCCGGACGAACACGUCAUUGUCGACGGGUUCGUGCUGAUCCCCUCCUCUUCUACAUCGUCGUCCACCUCCAUCACCAUCACGACCGCCGCUACGUCCAUCACGGGCGCGCCGGCGCGAACCAACGGCAACAGCAGCAGCAGCAGCAAGAAAUUUAAAGCCCGCAGCGCGAAGCGACCGCCGCUCCACACGACCGACGCCUUCGGCCGCAAUUCGUGGCUCCUCUCCAUCACGUCGCCGGUCACGUCGGCCUCUUUCACGCCCGGCGUCGACAAUGGCAGCCGCAACGGCAACACCCACAGCCGACGCUAUGGAGGCGGCGGAAGUGGCAUGAUGUCGAGGCGCGGCGUGCUGCUGGUGAGCCAGGACGACUCGGUGGUGGAGUACAAGCGCUUCACCCGGCGGAAGCCGACCGUCGGCUGCGGCCAAUCGGGUGACGCCACGUCGACCGGCGGUGGCAGCGGCAGCAUUGGCGGCGGCCUCCUCCUCCGGGCGACGGCGUCGGGUCCGGUGGGCGGCAGCGACGGGGCCAACGACGCGUGCGAGAGCGGGACGUGGAAGCGGGUGAAGCCCAAGCGCAGCCACUCGCGCUCGCUCACCGCCCGGCGACGACCCGCGGCGCGCCUGUGCCUGGGCACCAAGCCCAGCUGCGCGACGACGCUCGCGAGCGGCGAGAGCGGGUCGGGCCUGCGCCGCAGCCACAGGCAGGGCUCGCCGCCCUCGGCCGAGGGCAGCCCGCACGCGCUGCAGCAGCAGCACCCAGCGGCGGAUAGCGUGGGUGAGGAGUGGGACGAGCUGGACGGCGACCACCACAACAACGGCAACGACGACGACGAAGACGACGAGGCCCUGGACGACUCGUGCUUCGACAUCACCGAACCGCUCUUCCUGCACCACGUCUUCGGCCUUCCCACCGGCGAGCGGCUCAUCGACUGUACGUUACUCGCGUGUCCCUCGCUGCGCUGCAUUCCGCCGCGCGGCAUGCGUCCUGACUUGAAGUUCACCAAGAUGGUGCGGCGAGCGGGUCAAGCGGAUGCCGCCCAGGCGGGCGAGGGCAACGACGCGGCCGACGACGCGGACAUCCUGCUGGGCUCCACCCCGCCGUCGGCCAAGAAGUCGCCGAAGCCCGACAAGACGUCGUCCGAACACGAGGAGGAGCGCGAGGACCGCAUCCUUUUCUCCGGCCGCCUGUACAUUUCCUGCAAAUUCCUCUGCUUCCACCCGCUCUCCUACCCCUACUCUGUCAAGGUGGUGAUUCCGUUGCGCAAGGUGGACGUCAUGGAGCGGCGGUGCUUCAUGAGCUGCAUUCCCAACUCCAUCCAGAUCACCACCACAGAGCGAAAACGCUAUUUUUUCACCUCGUUCUACAACCGGGACGACUGCUUCUCGCUGCUCGAGUCCCUGUGGCGAGCCAUGCGCGGCGACGACAUCCUCCAGGAGUCGCACCCGACCAGCCUCGCACAGAUGGAGGGACGAACGGGAGCCUACGCCGCUUCCGAGUUUGGGGAGGAGGACGCGCAAUCGAGUGCGGCGGGGCGGGACGAGUACGGAUUCGACCUCGAGCGCAAGUGCACCGAGGCCUACUCCGAGUGGCACAAGAAAUACGACAAACACGAUCGGGUGGUGCAAAAGCGUCGGUGGCAGAGGUACCUGGGGCAGAUCCAGCUGGCGCGCGAACUGGGCUCCAAUUCGCGCCAAUUGCGUCGACUGCUGCGCAAGGGCAUCCCUCCAUCGUACCGCUCCGAGGCACGUUCCCUUCUCUUAUGA